CAGCCAAAGCAUGUUUUAAAAAUGCCAUUAUAAAGAAUUUUUUCAUGCAAUUAAGAUGCAUUUCGAUCAAGAAUUUAGAGGAAUUUGUACACUGGGGAGCUGCUGAGAAGUCCAAAGUAAAAUUCUGUCCCCAUGUGGGAUGGUUUGUUACCCCUGGUAUUUUAAAACUGAUCCCAUAUGUGGGUGCUGCUGAAUUAGCCCUGCUAGAGAUUAUCCCCAGGGCUCAUAAAAUACUUCUGAUGAGAAAUAGCUUUGCUUCAAGUCCAGGCUAGAUAAUGCUAAAGAGACAAGCAUUCUCCCAGUGUUCCCCAGAAGAGAACAGUCUGUUACCUCUCUGCUUCCAGGUUUCACCCCAGCUUCAGUAUUACACAAUGCGCACGCUGCGACUGUUGCACUUCACAGUUCAACUGCUGAGCACUGACCACAGAGGGACCAGAGGUUGCUUGCGGAUAAGGACUUGGCCAACGAGAUGGGGCAAUAUUACCCUUUUGUGCUUCUAUUCUGUGGGGUAUUUGUACCAAAUAUCCUUGGCUUUCCACAUGUGAACACUUCAAUAGAUUGUGAUUCUAUGUUACCACACUAUGAAGGUGAAGCACAAAAAUCACCACCACCAUACCUCAUUACUACCUCUUUUGAUAGCUAUGACCCAGGAAAUGAAAUUGAAGUGACAUUACAUGGAAAUGAUAAGUCCGGUUUUCAAGGAUUUCUUCUACAGGCUCGGGAAGUUGAUGGAGAUGCUCCUGUUGGCACUUUUAAAAUUACAGAUCCGAACACACAAGGCCUUAGUUGUAAUAAUGUUUCGAAUUCAGCUGUAAGUCAUAUAAACUCAGAUGUGAAGAACAAAGUUACAACAAUUUGGGUUGCCCCUUCCAAAGCUAAGGAUGUUCGAUUUAGUGCAACUUUUGUAAAAGACCUUGAAAAUUUUUGGGCUGGAGUAGAGAGCAAAACUCUUUCUCCAAGGAAUUCAGAGUCCCGGAAUGUCACAGCAAGAAGUAAAAAGAAGUCCGCAAACACUGUGAUAGUGGCAUGUAAACAGACUGGAGGGACUUACUCAAGCAGUGGUAAAUGUAUUCAGGGUGGAUCCUCUGGUUCCUCUUCAAGUGGUAGCUCAGGCAGCCAGACUAUAUAUAUUUCCUCACAGACCAGUGGUAGUCAUCCCCAAGGUGGAGGAGUUUACCCAGUAAGAGGAGGUGGAUGUGGUCCAGGUGGGGCUGCUGGUGUAUAUGGAAUAUAUGGCUGUCGAGGGGAUGGAUCUUCAUUCAACAGUGGCAUUUCCUAUGGUCAUUCUGUCCCUUCAGGCAGCAAAGAAACCUCUGUUAAGAUAACAUCCUAUGCCGAAAGUGGUCCCUAUCCAGCUGAGCGUCAGACCUACCCACAGAGCUUGAGCGGUUCUGGAUACCAAGUCUAUGUCCAGGGUGGACAAAGUUACCAAGGUGGCAGCAUUUCCUAUGGUCAGGGUGGAAACAGUGGUUCUUAUAAUCCGGUUAGACAAGAAUCCCCCAGUGUCAGCAUUACUUACGGGAAGGGUGGACAGACUUACCCAGACAGCAGUGGUUCUUAUGGUCAGCAGGGAGGGUCUUCCUCAAGUGGUAGCAGUGGGUGUGGAAAGGGUGCUCCAUAUGACAGCAGUUCCUGUUAUGAGAGUCAGUCCACUUCCUCACAGGACUCUUCUAGCCAGAGUGGUUCAUCCUCUUCCCAAGGUAGCAGUGGCUGUCAAAAUGAUGGAAAUUCUGACUCAGACAGCAGCAACCGCUGUCCCCAGGGUGGAUCCUCACAAAACUCUGGUAGCCAGGAUUCACAGAACAACUCAGGCAGCAGUAGCAGUUCUUGUGGUGAAAGUUCCUCUGGUUGUGGAAACAGCAAGGUUGUUGCUCGCGAUCUAUCCCAUGUUCUGCACAUUAGGAGUCUCAGUGAACAGAAUGGACCUGCUACAUCAAACAGCCGCGAUGAAAAUACUCAGGAUGGAUCAUUUAUUGCACACAGUGACAGUUCCAGGGGCCAAGGAGGCUGUGUUUGCCCUGGUGACAGUAGAAGCCCUGUCCAGGAUGGACCUUCCCCACAGAGCCCAAACCAGUCUGAUGAUAAGGGUUCAUCUUCCUCAGGAGGCACUCAAUCUGUUGAAAGGAGUUCUUCUUCCUCUGAAGGCAGUCAGUCUGGUGGACAGGGUUCCUCAGGAGGUAGUCAUUCUGCUGGACAGGCUUCCUCUGUUUCAGGAGACAGUCAGUCCAGUGAUGAGGAAGAAUGUGCGUCCUCUAAAGAGAGUUCACAUGACUCUCAUACUGUACUCAGAAGUCACCCCUCAUCAGGGGACUCAUCGUCCUCAGUAGACAGCCAAGGCAGUGGAAGGGAAGAAUGUGAUUGUUCUAAGCAGAGUUCAGGUUCCUCUUCUGAAGGCAGUCAGUCUGGUGGACAGGAUACAUCUUCCUCAGGAGGCAGCCAAGACAGUGGAGCAGUCGAAUCAUCUGAUCUAGUCAGAAGCCAUAUCUCUAGAGAAAAUUCAUCUUCCUCAGAAGGCAGCCAAGGCAGUGGAAUGGGUUCUUCUUCCUCUGGAGGCAGUUAUUCUAGCGUACAGGGUCCCUCUUCCUCAGGAAGUGGUCAGUCUAGUGGACAGAGUGAAUGUAAUUGCCCCAGCAGUGGUUCAAGUUCAUCUUCAUCAGGAGGCAGCCAAAGCAGUGGAGCGGGUUCAUCUUCCUUGGGAGGCAGCCAAGGCAGUCAAGGGAAUUCAUAUUCCUCAGGAGGCAGUCAAGGCAAUAGAGAGGAUUCCUCUAACUCAGAUGGCAGUUCUUCUGGUGGACAACAAGGUUCUUUUUCUUCAGGAGCCAGUCGUCCUGGUGGACAAAGUCCAUCUUCCUCAGAAAGUGGCAGAUCUAGGGGACAGGGUGGAUGUGUUUGCCCAGCUGGGAGUUUAAACAGACAAGGUUCCGGAGGCAGUCAGCUUGGCAAAACUGGUUCAUCAGGGUUCUUAGGAGGCAGCCAGUCUGGUAAACCAGGUUCGUCUAUUACAGGAGGUGGCCCAGUGAGUGCAGCUGGGAAACAGUCCCGUCCUGGACUUCUGCUGCUUUUCAGCAUUUUGAGUGCCUUUAUCAUCUCUUCUUCAGUUAUGUCAAAGUGGCUUAUAUGAAUUUCUGAAGACAUAUGAUUGGAGUCCUAGAUAUUGUAACAUCUGAAAUAUCAGAUUAUCUUAUGUAUAAAAGGUUUGACUUGAAUGUUAUGGAUAUGUCAUGUGUCUUUGCUAUAAUGUUAUGUAUAGCUAAAAUGCCAUGCACUUGAUUAGUUUUACCUUCAUUUGAAUCCGUAAUGCACAACAGUAGUUAAUUUUUCAGUAUUUUUGGCAUCAUUGGAAGAGAGCAUAUUAUGCCGUAGCUGUAUGGGUUUUUUUAUUAUUAUUAUUUCUUAUCUAGGAAUUUGAUUAAUGCUUCAUUUAAAUUGGAUCUAGUCACUAAUACACCCACAUGGGAGAUAUUUAUUAACCCAGAAAAAAUAUGAAUAACAAAUUGUCAAAAGUGAAAGCC